AUGGGCCGGAGAUUUCUUUACAUUCUCGUGUUGUGUGUCUUCAUCCUCGUUGUACAUCGAGGAAGAAAAAGCGUAUAUUCCGCUAUCUCCCUCGACGAUUUUGAUCCGCCUUACGAUGAACCGCAACCUCCUUCCCCAAGCCCCAUCUCUUCAGCUACUAUCACAUACGAGCCCGACCCAAUAAUCCUACGCGAAAUAGACAUCUCGUCCGAGUCACUACCUCUGAAAGCUUCUCUCAGAGAGAGAUUAGAGGUCUGGCGAAACGCUCCAGGAGGUAGGGGAGAAGUCGAAGGUGAAGUAGAAGCGGAGGUCUUUAAUGAAUGGAGUCUUGAACAAUGUUCCACGAUCCAAGAACAACAUAAUACAUACAUGAUAAACAAAGACGGUGACGUGUGGGCCUCCAUGAACCGUACAACCCUGCAUGAACAUCGAAUGGAAUUGAUCAAUCACAUGGACACCCUCGUCGGAUCCGAAUUAUUGGAGAGGUAUGGUGAAGGAAGAGGAAUUGUAAUGGUUGCUGGGAACGCGGAUACUUUACAACGAGCGAAAUGGAGUUUGAUGAUGUUACGAAGUUACGGAAGUCAAUUACCUGUUCAGAUUUAUCAUUUUCCUUCGGAACGUCCGCCCGACGAUGAUCCCAUCCGCGAGGAAUUCGCCUCUCUUGGAGCUGAGCUUGUCGAGGCCGUGGGACGAGAAAAGGACGAAGGGGCGGCUAAGAAUUAUCAUUUGAAAGCCAUUUCUGUCAUACAAUGUCCUUGGAGAGAGGUUUUGUAUCUCGAUUCCGACUCUAUCCCCGUACGCGACCCAACAUACAUGUUUUCCGCUCCGAACUACCGCCGCCUAGGGCUUUGGGCUACGCCGGAUUACUGGAAGACGUCUGCCUAUAAUUCCAUUUGGGCCAUUUUGGGUGUGAAGUGUAGGAACGAAUGGGAGAUGGAGACUGGUCAAAUGUUUAUCGACAAAAAAAGACAUUUGGACGUUUUCUUCUUGGUUCAGUAUAUGUUAGAAAGACAUACCAAGUGGUUCCACUACUCCGACGGCGACAAAGAUAUCUUCCGCUGGGCCUUGCUAGCACUCCGUAAACGAUGGGCAGUCCCCGGACGAUGGGUAGGUGCAGCGGCUCUUCCUAGGGGUACACUCUCUGGUGAAUUCUGCUCUCAUUCAAUGUUACAAUAUGACAGCUGGGGUGAACCUCUUUUCCUACAUUACACUCUCCUAAAACAUAUUCCGUCUGGAAUAGGUAGAGGUUUUUCAUGGGGUCGGACAAAACAAUUACCGUUAUUCAACACAUUUCCUGCUACUCCCGCCACGGCAAGAUUGGGGGAACCGCUUAUAAGACCCAUGGAUGAUGACAAGAGGGGAUUAGGAGAUGUAGAUUGUGAUAUGUUGGCGGAUGCGGAUGAAUAUGGCUUGGCGAGAGCCCCGGCCAAAGAGAUGAUUAUGAGACGUGCUGUGAGGGAAAGAGGUGCGAGAGCGUGGUAUCAUGGGGGUGGAAAUAGUGCUCUCUGUAUCGACCUGAAUUAUAUCGAUCCAAGACCACAAGAACGCAAAGACGAAGAUGAAAAGGUGAGACAUGAUCGUGAGGCGGCAGCAAGAGAAAUCGAAGAAGCCGAACAGAGAGAAAUUUUAGAAGCGAUGGAGGGAGAGGGAGUGGAUGCUAUCCCCGGUGUAGCUAUGAACAGACCGGUCGUGGAGGGGGAGAAGGAGGAACAGCCUGUGUAUCCGGAUUGGGGACAAAGUCCUCUUGAAGUCGUGCAAUGGUCCAACGAUCCACACCUCGCUUCAUUCGAAAACAAUAUUUACGAUUUCGGUUUCAAACCCACUGGUCAGGGAUUCUGAUCUGCUUCGUUUUUCAAAAGUCAAAGAAAUAUUUGCUCCUUACUAUAGAUGGAUUUGGAUAGGUAGACACAUUAAUGAGCGUGGGAUGAGAGAGAUGAUGGUGGGCAACAAUGAGUGGUGGGGUGGAGGAGGACGAUUUGUAUGACUAUCAAUAACAACAUCUGUCUCAUCUAAGAAUGUGAGUAAUAUUGUAGAAAUUACAUAUUCAGAGUGCUGUACAUCAGUGUCUUCUGUGCAUAUCAUGAUCAAU